AGCUGCGGAAAACAAGAAGGUGCGACAAGCCGUGUCUUUGGAGCUGAGCUUUGUCAGUUCCAACCUUCAGUAUCUGAAGGAAGAGCUAUCGGACCUCAAUAGCUCAGUGGAAAUCUACCAGGGUGAUAGCGGAACACCGUACAUUCCUAUGAUUCCCUUCGGGUUAAAGGAGACGAAGUACAUCGACUUCGGAGACGCCUUCAAGGACUUUAUCCUGGAGCACUACAGCGAGGACGCUCAGAAGUACGCCGGCGCCAUCCAGGACUUCACCAACACACGCCAGGCGAUGCGGACGCCAGAGCGGAACCAGACGGGACUGGCGCUGCUGUUCGAGUACUACAACCAGCUGUACUUCAUCGAGCGCCGCUUCUUCCCUCCGGACCGCAGUCUUGGCAUCCACUUCGAGUGGUACGACUCGCUGACGGGUCUGCCCAGCUGCCAGCGAACCGUCGCGUUCGAGAAGGCGUCGGUCCUGUUCAACAUGGCGGCGCUGUACAGCCAGCUGGCGGCGCGCCAGGAGCGCGGCACGCAGGAGGGCCUGGACAGUGCCGUCGACAGCUACCUGCGGGCAGCCGGCAUCUACAGGUACAUCUUGGAGAACUUCUCGAACGCUCCCAGUCGAGACCUGGACGCUGAUGUUUUGGACGUGCUGGCCAACCUGCUGCUGGCGCAGGCUAAGGAGUGUCUUCUGGAGAAGCUGCUCCUUCCUGAAGAGAAGCAAGACCUCAGCGCUCAGCUGGAUAUCGGCCAGGAGGCCGCACAGGUGGCCGAGGUGUACCACCGGCUACGGGAGCAGAUGGCAGCACCGUCCGUGCAGGAGUCCCUGCCCGUGUCGUGGCAGCAGCUGAUCCACAUUAAGGAAGUGUAUUACACCGCCAUCUCUCAUCAUCAUUUCGCCGUCGGCCUGCUGGAGCACGAGGGUCCCCUGAGCAGGAGAAUGGCCGACACGCUGCAGCUGUCGCAGAGGGACCGGGAGGGGCAGCUGCUCUCCGUUGAACACAAGGUGCCGCACAACAAGGUCCAGCAGGACUACCUGGCCAAAUGCCACCUGCGCGAGGCCAUCGUGCUGCACGAGGAGAGUCUGCGCCUGUACCGGAUGGCGCGCGAGCUGCGCAAGCGCGACAUGCUGCGCCACGUGCUGCGGCUGGCGCUGGAGCUGAGCAGCGAGCAGUACGGCCUGCUGGAGCGCGAGGACGACUUCGACGAGCCCGUGGACGCGCCCGUCAUCACCGGCUCGUCCAAGUACCAGCUGUCGCUGCAGGCGCCCGACUUCAGCCAGCACCAGGUGACCGACCUGUUCCGGGCGCUGGGCCCGGUCGAGGUGUUCUCGGCUCACCAUCACUGGUCGGCGCCGCGGACCGUCCACAUCCACCGCCUGCCCGGCGAGGGGCUGGGCUUCAGCGUCAAGAUGGAGGCGCCCGUCGUGGUGGUCGGCGUGGAGCCGGCCGGGCUGGCCGAGCGCGUGGGUCUGAAGGAAGGCGACUACAUCGCCGGCCUGAACGGCGAGGACCUCAAGUGGAGCAGCCACACGGAGGUGGUGGCACAGAUACGGCGCGCGGGCAGCGAGUUCCAGCUGCACAUCAUCACGCCCAUGGACAAGACAGAACAGACGCCGGAGCCGCCGCGGCCGCCGCCCAUGCCGCCGCUCUCAGACAAGACCUGGGGCUCGCUCUCCAGCUCGGGCGUCAGCUCGGGCGUCUCCAGCCGCAAGCCGAGCCCGGCCAGCAGCCUGGCCAGCCAGAACAGCAAGGGCUCGGCGCGCCGCCACUCCUGGAACCCGUUCAAGAAGGGCUCGCGCUCCGACCACCCCGAACUGUACAUCAGCAACGUGGUGCUGCGGUGAGGCCGGCCGGCCCGCCCCCAUCUGUACAUACGCCAUCCUCUCAUGCGUGUGUGCGUGAAUGCGU